AUGGAACCUGACCUUUUGGACACAAUCCCACUUCAUGAAAACAGUCAAAAGUUUGCUUUGGUUCCAGUGCAGAAUGGAAGCAUUUCAAAAUUUCAAGCUAUCAAGUACAAUUACCCAUCCUUACCACCUCAGAUAAGUACUGCACUUUGUCAAGCUGUUUAUAUCAGUACUAAGAACUAUGAAAUACAGUGGUUGGCAACCUUUAAUAAGAUACAGGCUGGAACAACCAAACUGGUUCAAUGUCAGCUGCCUGGCUUCAGCACAGUUCCCCACCAGCUAGAAGCUGUACCCAUCCCACUGUUGGCACUGGAUUCACAGCCCAGACCUGAUACUUUGCUCCAGGCAAGCACAAGCUUCAGAUCGACCGCAGUUCCUCCGAUUGAUAAUAGGCAAAUUUUAUUGAUAGGGAAUAAAAGUAAUGCAGGCAAAGCAAGCAACAUGAUUACAGCAUACAUUACCCAAAUUCCCCUGUGCCCAGAAUAUACACAAGGCGAGCAGUCCAUCUGGCUGGUACAUAAAGGCCACCUUGAGGUUCUUCACAUGACUGUCCGAUGUCAGCAACCUUGGAGGUUGGGGGCUGAUGCCAACUGCCCACUUGCUGUUUUGAAAAACUCCUUUUGUAUUCUUUCUCCUCCAAUAACUUCAUCUUUGGGCAUCGUGGCCGCCAAGCCCCGCGGCCGCCACAACCACGCCGGGGGCCCUGAGGGGCGCCGCAAGGGCCGCUCCCCCUCACCCGGCAGGAAGGAGCGGGAGGCCAAGGCACACCGCAGCCGGCGCAAAGCCGCCAAGGAGCCACCGUCGGCCUACCGGGACCCGCCUAAGGCUUACCGGGACGACAAGGCUGAGCCCAAGGCCUACCGGCGCCAGCGCUCCUCACCCAGCCCUGGCCGUGACGACAGCCCCCCACACCGCACCUCGCUGGGCCCACGCGGCCGCAAGUCGCUCAGCCCCCUGGGCGGCCGCUCGCCCCUCAGCCCCUACAGCCGCCGCCGCUCACCUAGCUACAGCCGCCACAGCUCCUAUGAGCGUGGGGAUGUGUCACCCAGCCCCUACAGCAGCUGGCGUCGCUCCCGCAGCCCCUACAGCCCUGCCAUCAGGAGAUCAGCAAAAUCCCGCAGCAGAAGCCCUUACUCAUCAAGGCACUCAAGGUCUCGGAGCAGGCACAGAUUAUCUAGAUCCAGAAGUCGUCACUCAAGCAUUUCUCCUAGUACACUGACUCUGAAAAGUAGCCUGGCUGCUGAAUUGAACAAGAACAAAAAAGCUAGAGCUGCAGAGGCGGCCAAAGCCAGUGCAAAAGCAUCAAACACCUCUACGCCUACUAAAGGGAAUUCCGACACUGGCGCAAUGGACACUGGCGCAAAUGCACCUCAAACAAACAAUGUGAAGGAUCUGAAGAAAAUAAAAACUGAGCAUACACCUUCUCCUACUAUUGGUGCAACUUUGAAAAAUGACAAGGCAAAAGCAAAGGUAACUCUUCAGGAGACAAAGGCAGAAAAUAACUCGAUUGUGGAUAAAGUCACCAAGCAGAAAACUACACUAGUGAAAGAGACUAAACCAACUGCUGUAAAACAGCAACCAGUCACUGUAAAAGAGAAAAGCAAACCAUCUACACCAAGUGUAGUAGCCAAGGAAAAGGACAGAAAUGUUGCACUACCAACCUCCACAUUGCCACCCUUGCCUUUGCCUCCAAUGCUGCCUGAAGACAAAGAUACUGACAGUUCACGAGAGACUAUUACAGUCAAGUCAGUUAAAAAAGAAGUGGAGAAGAAACUCCGACAUCUGCUUGCAGACUUGCCACUACCACCUGAGUUGCCUGGAGGAGAUGACCUAUCCAAAAGUCCUGAGGAAAAGAAACCAGCAGUUCAGACGCACAGCAAAAGGAGGCCUAAAAUAUGUGGCCCACGUCAUGGUGAAACAAAGGAAAAAGAGAUUGACUGGGGAAAACGCUGCGUGGAUAAAUUUGACAUUAUUGGGAUUAUUGGAGAAGGCACAUAUGGGCAAGUUUACAAGGCCAGGGAUAAGGAUACAGGAGAAAUGGUGGCACUAAAGAAAGUACGGCUCGAUAAUGAAAAAGAAGGGUUUCCAAUUACAGCUAUUCGGGAGAUUAAGAUUCUUCGACAGCUGAACCACCAAAGUAUCAUCAACAUGAAGGAAAUAGUGACAGAUAAGGAGGAUGCUUUGGACUUCAAGAAGGACAAAGGUGCAUUUUACUUGGUGUUUGAAUAUAUGGACCAUGACUUAAUGGGACUACUGGAAUCUGGCCUGGUUCAUUUUAAUGAAAAUCACAUAAAGUCAUUUAUGAGGCAGUUGAUGGAGGGUUUGGCCUACUGCCAUAAGAAGAACUUUUUGCACAGAGAUAUUAAAUGUUCUAAUAUUCUUCUAAAUAAUAGAGGGCAGAUUAAACUUGCAGACUUUGGGCUUGCUCGACUGUACAAUUCGGAAGAGAGUCGACCAUAUACCAACAAAGUUAUUACAUUAUGGUACCGGCCUCCUGAACUACUGCUUGGAGAGGAAAGAUAUACACCAGCUAUUGAUGUAUGGAGCUGUGGAUGCAUCCUAGGUGAGCUUUUUACUAAAAAGCCAAUAUUUCAAGCAAAUCAGGAACUUGCACAGCUGGAACUAAUAAGCCGAAUUUGUGGGAGUCCUUGUCCUGCGGUCUGGCCUGAUGUAAUAAAGUUAGCCUAUUUCAAUACAAUGAAACCAAAGAAGCAGUAUCGUCGAAAAUUGAGAGAAGAGUUUGCUUUUAUUCCAGCAGCUGCAUUAGAUCUUUUUGAUUAUAUGCUUGCUCUGGACCCCAGCAAGCGCUGUACAGCUGAACAGGCUCUUCAGUGCGAGUUUCUGCGAGAUGUGGAACCUUCUAAAAUGCCUCCACCAGACCUUCCUUUAUGGCAGGAUUGCCAUGAGCUGUGGAGUAAGAAACGAAGAAGGCAGAAGCAGAUGGGAAUGAGUGACGAUGCAACAGCAGCUAAAAUGCCUAGGAAGGAUAUGUCUUUAGGCAUGGAUGAGAGCAGAACCAACACCCCACAAGGCAUGCAAACUUCUUCCCAACUCAAAACUCAGGGCAACUCUAGUGUAGCACUUGUGAAAACAAGCACUGGACAGCAGUUAAACCAGAAUGAAGUGGCAAUCCUACUAAAUUUGCUACAGUCUAAAACAAGUGUUAAUUUGGCACAAUUUGCCCAAGCGUUGAAUAUUAAAGUAAACCCAGAGACUCAGCAGCAACUAAAUAAAUUAAACCUUCCUGCUGGAAUUCUAGCAGCAGGUGAAAAACAGUCUGAACAGCUGCCACCACCACCACCAGACCAGGAGUCUUUAAAACAGCCAGCAGUCACUCAGCCUCCUGUACCACCUGCUCAGCUGAAUCAGCCUAAAGUUGAGACUGAUGCUACCCAGGCGGCUGUGCAGAGUGCAUUUGCUGUUCUGUUGUCUCAGUUAAUAAAGGCUCAGCAAACAAAACAGAAAGAUCUUAUACUGGAAGACAAAGAGAAUGGAUCAGGAAAUGAAAUGUCAUUGCAACUCAGGCAGCCUCCAGAGCCCAGCACUCCUGUCUCUGGUAACCGGGAUGAGAUGGACUCUCCAGUUCCUGCUUACCCACAUCUGAUCAAAUCACUGUAUUCCUCUGCAGGUCAAGAUGAUGUGGUUAGACAGCCUGAGAUGAGGCUUCUAAACCGCACGCCAGAACAAGAGCGCCCUCGCAUCUUGCCCCCAGACCAACGUCCUCCUGAGCCACCAGAACCACCACCUCUCACUGAUGAAGACCUUGACUAUCGGACAGAGAACCAGCAUUUGCCUAUUAGUAAUUCUUCAGGAACAGAUCCUCAUGCAGGAGUGAAAGCAGCUCUCCUACAACUGCUGGCUCAGCACCAGGCUCAGACAACAGAUGAGGAGCCUGUAAAAACUAGUGUGGAUUAUCAGGCAAGAGACUCCUACGUACCAGGUCCAGACUACAAGGAUAACUUUGGCUCAUCUUCCUUCUCUUCUGCCCAUUACAGUAGUAGUGAUGGAAUAGGAAGUGGAUCGUCUGGGGCAUUGGAAAGGAGGAGCUACAUUGGAAACUCAGAUAUUCAGUCUUUGGAUAACUACAGUACUGCUUCAUCUCACUCUGGGGCUGCACCUCCAUCUUCUGCCUUUUCAGAACCAUUUUCCAGCUCAGUAACUGGUUAUGGAGACAUUUACCUCAACACUGGUCCCAUGCUAUUUAGUGCUGAUAAGGACCAUCGAUUUGAAUAUAGCCAUGGCCCUAUCCCAGUUCUGGGAAACAGUGGUGACACUUCCACGGGGUCAGAGAGUACUCAUUCUUUACCCACAAAGAUGCACAACUAUAGCUAUGGAAGUAAUCUACAGGAAAACCCUAGUGGCAUUAGUCACCUGCAUGGACAAACUUGGACUUCUCCUGCCCAAGGACCUGGAUAUUCCCAGGGAUACAGGGGACACAUUAGCACAUCAACAGUCAGAGGGCGAGGCAGAGGAUUACCAUAUUGAGUAUCUGUUUUUCCUCAGGCACAUCAUUUUUAUCUGGAAAGACUUUUUUUCUAGCUGCCGUUUAAAGCAGCAGUCCAACAGACUUGAAUAAUGUUAAUUCAACAGCUUUAUUUUUAUGUGGAAAAGGGUCUUGCAUACAGUAGGAAAAUUAAAAAAAAUGCUUAAAACUCAUGCUGUCUGAAUACUAGAUAAAUUGAUUGUACAUGGUCACAGAUUCUAGUUCUGAAUUUUAUUUUGUAUUUUGGCAGUUUUAAGUGGAUGCUAAAUUUAGGGACAUCAGCUUUUUACGGCACUCUUUCAGAACUUCUGAACUAUGCACAUUUGUGCUUUUUUUGUAAGUUUGGACCAACUUUUAUGUAAAAAAAAAAUUUUACAACAAUCAAAGCAGGGCACUGAUUUAUUUGGUAUUUUUCUUUUUACAGAACUACCUUUAGUCAAAGGUCACUGUCAGUCUUUGCACUGCUUUCAGUGUUAUUGUGGAAGGUGUACUUUGUGCUCAUUUCAGAUAAUAAAACACAACCUUUCUCUUGAUGCAACCAUUUUAUAAAUAUUGGUCAAUGUUAUUUUUCUUUCCUUUCAAAAAGUGGAUGUCCUAGUAAAAUAAUCCUCCCCAUCUCCCACAGGUUUAUAUGAAAACUAUUUUACUUGAAUGGUAAGUGCCUUAACAUGUAAGCUUAAGGUCUGCAAAAAUUCCCUGUACGUGUACCCCUUUCCUUAAAAGUACUUUGUGGUUUGAAACAAAGAAUAGUGCUAAAUAUAAAUAGUUACACUGCAUAAAAAUAUCAGUCAUUAUAGGAGACUUCAGUAGACCAUAAUUUAAAAUAUCAUUUGUCAUUUACGUCAGAUGAACCAACCACUUAGUAGCUACCUGGUUUUCUCUUGUUGAAAUAAGUCCCCAUGUUGAUUUUAUUAAGUCCCCACAUUGACCACUAAUGUGAGGGAAAAAAAGGUUUCCUUCACCUCGCUCUUUCCCAAGAGGCAUAUUAAAUAUUCCAGUCAUCCCGCCAUUUCGGCUCUGUAUUAUAUUGGCCUGUUGGGUGUUAGAUUUUUUUUUUAAGACGGAAAUAUGAAUUUUUCUUUUAAAUGUCAACAACAGCAAUUAAUUAAUUCUGUGUGAAAAGCUGACACUGUCUUCUCUUACCACAUAUUUAGAAGCGUUAUAGAAAGUAACCAAAUGUAAAUGACCAGUAUUUAAUACAGCAGCAAUUUUUUUAUAUUGGGUCAUGUUCUCUGUAAAUUGUGAUGGUGCCAACUAACCCCUUUUAUAUUCGGCUAUUCCUUUGAUCAUUUUAAUACUUGAGUUGGAUCUCUUUGAACAGCGGAUAGUGACUGUAGCUGAAAUUGCUACCAGAAACCACUGCUCCAGUUCUAAUAUUAGAGAUUCCAGCAUGUUUUUUCUCUGAGAACAGCGCUCUCUCUUCUGCAGAGAGAAAGGUACGACUAUUUUGCAUGUACUUAUGAAUGUUUAAAAGCCCAUAUUGGAAACAAUUUUCCAACUGAUUAUCCAGUUGAUAAGUCAGUACAUUAUGUAACUGCGUGUUUAAUUAUUACUUUUUAAAAAGUGAAAUUUCUACUUAGGCUAUUGCAAAUGUAGUCUUGUCAGUGACUUUUUGGAUUUUCAAAAAUAGAAGCCAAAGUUGUCUUAUUUAAUACUCUGAUUCUAAUUUAUGCCUAAUUACUGCAUUGUAGUGUGUGGGGGGAAAAAAGCUUACCUAACUAGGUAGCAAUUGAGCAUCGGCAUAGGAAAAAUGGUGAGUCUGGUUGCUUAAGAUAUCCCUGUAAAUCUGCCAGUUAUCUAAGUUGCCCUCAGUGGAGAAUUUUGCUGCCUAAGCUGAAAAGAAAUAUUUGUGACCUGAGUAGCCUAUGUUCAAAAAUUAAACACUUUAUAUAAUGACACUCUGUUUGGACAGUUUUUCUUGUACGCACAUCUUAGUUUUGUCAUUUCCCCUGUAAAAUCAAGAGAAAAUAGUUUUAUUAGUGUCUUAAGACAGGACAGUGUCAGCUACAACUUACUCGUUAAACAAAAAAAUCCCACCGUUCUCAGAUAGAAACAAAAUCCAUGAUUUUUAAUAAAGUCAGGCAAAAUGCUUUCAAAUCCCUUGAACAACUGUCAGGGAUGGAAAUGCAUGAUUAAAUGCCAAGCUGCUACACUUCAAAAAGUAAAUGCUGGUGAUACUUCAUUAAAAAAAAAACAGGUAAGUCAGAAUAAAAAAUAGAUUACAAGAACAAAUGAUCUAACAACAAAAUCUAAAGAAGUGAUCAUAGAGCCUCUUUGCCACUUCCUACUUGGAGGGAAAUUUAAGCCAGCAAGAUGUUCCUUUCACUUAUCUCCUUUGUGUACAUACGUAGUGGUACCGCAGUGUAAGGACUGAAAUAUUGUGACAAUUACAUUGAAACUUUGGCAUGUUUAAUGAAUGUUAAUAUGAAAUCACUUGACUAAUUUUAGUCUUGAAAAUACUUAACAGAACACUAACUUAUUAAAAAAAAGUCAGUCUUAACUGUAUAUGUAUAAAUACAAAAGAUUAAAAAGCUGACUUCCAAAUGGAUCAGAAACAGGCCUGUUGAGAACUGUGAGUUCCUUCACACGUUGUUGCUGGAGAGUGCAUUGUACAAUUUUCUACUUAUUUAGUUUACAGAAUAUUGGCCUAACAUUUGAAAGCAUGCAGCCUACAGCACAGGUUAUCUGGAGGUGGGGCUGAAUUAUGCUCAUACAUCAAAUCAAGAUGAGAGAUCCCCCUCUUCCAUCCUAUAUAUGGCACUUGCCAGCGUGCAAACACCCGAAGUGUAUUGUGAGGAGCUUAGAGGAUUUAUGUGGUGCAAAGAGUGUAAUCACUCUACUCCCAUUCCAAGUAAACUUAAUGCAUGGAAGGAAGUGUCUCCUUAGUGCACACUGAUUUCAGGCAGAGAAAUAGCUUGUUGGGCAGUUCUCAGGCUGCAAAAAAAAAAAAGUAACCCCUGGGACUGGUCAGAAACUUCCAAGAACCAUUCUAGCCCCCAGUUCAUUCAGAAUAUGGGCAACACAAAGGUGGCUUUAUUACCUUUGCUCCCUUUUCCCUGUGGCUGACACCAUCUAUGCUGCACCUAAGAUACGCUAGAAAAAAUUGGAUCCAGCAUCAAAAAGUAAGUGCUCUACAAUGCAGAAGAAAAUAGUAAAGUAUUUUGGCCUUGGACAUACUGAAGGUUUAAUAGUUCAUUAGUUUUCUUGUUAAUGUUACAAGAGAAGAAAAUAAUUAAACAUGAUGGUGCUAAUAUGACAGUGACUGAAAACAUCUGCAGUUACAUGGCUUUGACCCCAGGAAAAGAUACAUUAAUCAAAUUCAUGAUCUAGGAAAAAAGAACAGAAAAUUAAAUUAAUGGGAUACUUAUUUUGAGUGCAAAUAUAAUUGCUGGAAAGAUUAAUUAUAGAUUUUAAAAACAACUUCUGUACUUGUUCCUUAAAUGAUUGUUUCAAGUUUAAUUAUGAUUUGCUCUCAUCGUAAUAGGCAUAAGAUGCCUAAUUAAACAGGAAUGGAAGGAGUCUUAAUGUAACCUCGAUGCUUUGAGAUUGCUUUUCUUGUUGUGUUUGCAGCAGGAGUUGGUACCAGUUUUGAGGAAGAUGUUAUACACAGAUCACUUAGAUUUGUAAAUGCUCAGUAAAAAAGUAUUUUUUUAAACAUUAACUAGCCUAGAUAACUAGGGUCUUUCCUGUGGUCUUUAUUGAGAGAAAAUUCCAUCAGAUCCCAAAGUACAAGAUCUGCCCCUAAGUUUAAUUUCCAAUAGAGGAAAAAAAAAAUUUAGUCACAUUUUUUGAUGACUUGUUUUAGAUUUAAGGAUGAAAUGGCCCAGAACGAACUUAUGUAGAUGGGAAAAUAUUUGAUAAUGCUUCUUUUAUUUCCCCCAUAAAAAGGAAGCAUUGUUUUGUUCUUCAUACUCAUGAAGUGUACUGUGACACAAAAAAUUCCAGGAAACCUAUUCAGAUCAAAACUUGGUUUACUAUUUACAAAUGAAAUGAACACAGCCCGACUUAAACUUUAAACUAAUUUGUGCUUAACAGAGUUAAGUACCCUUUAUUGCAGAAGUUAGUUUAGUGCAAGAAAACCUAAUUCAAAAUACCAAAACUGUUACUUCAGCUUACUUUUUCUGUUUGUUUCUUUAAGCCAUUUGUAAUAUAAGAUGUAUUGUGUGACCUGUAAAUAAAAUACCAUGGUAACUUCAAA